AAGCGAUAUUCUACUUUUGUAUGCAAACAUUGUCCACUACCACUGUAUAUAACAGUUUUAUGUGUUGAGAAAUGUUGUAUCUUAUCGGGGGCCUAUUUCAGUAUUAGUUGUGCGUUCGGUGAGUGCGGACUCGCCCAUGUGAAUAGUUUUAUAGUCCCAGUUUCUGUGUUCCUGUUUAAGGUGUUUCAGUUAUUCAUUUUUUGUGAAUUUCCGUAAUCAAAUCCCGUACGCCGGUAACAAUGAGUGACCGUCCAUUUAUCGCAAAGUUACCGAAGAAGGCAAAACACGGAGAUGAAAUAGUGAUACGAGGAAAGCUCAAAGACGAUGCAAGCGUGUUUUCCAUAAACUUGUGCCUCCCGCGACCACCAACGGUGUGCGCAGACGAAACUCCUCCCUAUAUUGCUUAUCACUUCAAGACGAUCUUCCGUGACGAUGGCAGCAGCGUUGUCGUUCACAACUGGAAAAAUCACAUCUGGCAAACGGAAGUUAGGGAAGACAACUACUGGAUGUAUGACCGGGCUCAGAGAUUCACAUUGAUUUUCCGAUUCCAUAAUGAAGCUAUCAAAGUGUUCGCGGAAGAUGUCCAGCAUACGCCCGACUAUGAAUUUGAGCACCAGUUUCCAUUCGAAGAUAUCACCACCAUCGAACUAUGGGACGAUAUCGAGUUCAUUGAUGAGAUUUCGUUCAAGUACAAAAACGAUGACAACGACCAAUGAGCGUCGGCGCUAACCAUCCGCUAGUCAUACAUUCUAUCGCACAAUUCCGAUUAAACGCCUUCUCGCAUUCAUGGUGAAGGCAAUCCUCGCAACAUCCAAAGACUACACAACUUGACACUCCAUGUCGAGACGAUUGUUUACCUUUCAAUCACGGAUGCUAAUCGCGUGACAGAAACUUUGUGUUUUAAUGAGGCAACAACAAUCACGUUUUCUAGUCAUCACUUAAACCAGUCCAAUGGGGUGGACGCUCAGCGCGGAUGCGAUUGGGGAAAUUGAUUUAAAUGCUGUAUUUUUUUUAUUGUCAACGGAGCAGCUAAGUUGUGAAUCACGACCAGAAAAUGCCUUAUGAAAACAAAACAGUCAAGCAGCUUAGAUUUACGCAGCCAAGCACGACACGCUUUUAUGAUCAAACCAGUAUAUUGUAUUUAUAUAAUGUAAGGAAACCAAUAUUACGACGCAAUGUUAACUCAUCGAUAAGAAGUCAGACAUUCGAGGAACGUUUU